GAUUCCGUUUUAGCACCGCGGACAGUUCCAUUCUGCGACGCUAGCUGACACUGACAGCGAGUAUAUAAAGGGUGAGAAAUGGCUGGAUCCGCACACCAGCACAGCAAUACUGCAGAACGGAUUUAGCUACAGUAUGCAGUAUCUCUCAAGUUCUCCUCAUAGGAGAAUCAGAGAAGAAUAUUCACGGACUGCAUAUCUCGGAUCAUCUACUUCACAAAUAUUGAAGAGCUCAACGAGCACUGCGUCUUCCUCUUCAGUCAAAAGAUACAGCGUGAUGCUGCAUAGGGAAUUGGGGACGAUUCCAACCAACAACCUUGAUUUUGCAGGAGAUACACAGAUGAACAGGAAUGAGAAAAAACUGCUUCAGGAAGUCAACCGCCGCUUUGCACAGUUCAUAGAAAAGGUUCGUUGUUUAGAAAAUCACAACAAAUCUUUAGAGAAAGAAAUCGAAGAUAUUAGGCAAAGGAGACAAUCGUCUUCUCUGGCACAGCAGUACGACCCUGUGAUUAAAGAUUUAAGGAAACAAGUGUAUGACAUUGCCAAAACAAUUCGACAGAUUGAGGUAGAACUUGAUCACUUAGAGGAAGAGUUGUACUCUUUACAAUCAAAAUGUGAGCAAGAAUUUCAUUAUAGGACAAACACUGAAAGUGGUAUUGUGACAAUGCAAACGCAUAUUAAUGACGCACAUCUAUCCAAAACGGAAUUAGACAAAAAAGCCCAAUCCCUUGUUGAAGAAAUACAUUUCCUAAAGCAAAAACACAAAGAGGAGGUAUCAGAAAUGAUGGCUCAAAUCCACGAGGCUCAGCUUAGUACUGAAACGAAAGGUCCUGGAACCGCAGACAUCACAACGGCUUUGAGGGACAUUAGGAGGCAACUUGAAGGACGCGCGUGCUCUGGCAUUCAGCAAGCAGAGCAAUGUUUCCUGGCUCAAGCGGAAAACAUUAUGGAAGCCGCUGAAAUACAUCGAAAAACGCUCGAGGCUACGAAGCAAGAAAUCGCAGAACACAAGAAGCUGCUACAAACUGAAAACAUCGGGCUAGAUACAUUAAAAGGCGCAAAAGAGGCUCUUGAGAAGCGACUGAACGCCCUCGAAGAAGACCAUGGUGCGGAAGUCAGUCAAUACCAGGACACUAUAAGACGGUUGAAGUUUGAGCUUACAAACUCUAAGUUUGAGAUGUCUGGUUACUGUCAGCAAUAUCAAGAUCUGCUAAAUGUGAAAAUGGCUUUAGAUGUGGAAAUUGCCUCUUACAGGCAACUCUUGGAAGGGGAAGAAAUGCGACUUCAUUCCUGCACCGAGGGCCCAGUGCCAUAUGUGUACAGACAGUCCCCCGUCUACACACUGCCAUAUUUUACCAUCCAAAGGGGCCGGCGCUACAAGGUUAUGCCCCGGUAUAAGUUUGUGGAAGAGAUCAUAACUGAAACAACAAGGGAAGUGGAGCUGUCUGAGACUGAGGAGACAGAGUCCGAGAGAUCUAGUACCGAAGGAGCUUGUGGUGAUAAAGAGAAGGAUAGUGCUGAUGGGGAGGGAGAAUUGGCUGAGGUCGAGGGGACACUAGAGGAAGAGGAUGCUGCAGGAUCAGAGGAAGAGCGAGGGGCACCGUCAGCUAAAGCUACAGCCGAUGCAGCAACCGGAGAGGAGGAUGAAGGUGAGGAAGGUCUUAUGGGGACCCGAGGUCUGGCUGAUGCAGAUGAAAACUGGAAAGAGCAGUGGGCCAGGGCCAUGUUAAAACACCAGAGUACUGAAACAGAAGACAUGGCAGUACGAACAGAGGAGGGUCAUGAUGCAGAAAAUACUGCUGAAGAUACGGGAGAAGGCUUUGUAGAAAAAACACAGGAAUACAGGAGCAUGGCUAUUUUACACGCAGAGCAGCUUAUCACAGAGCGAGAGGCACAAGAGAAAUGUGUAGGGUCACAGAUUACAGACUCUUCUGGGCUCCUAGAGCUGGGUUUGAUAGAACAGUCACCCCCUGGUGGCCCUACUCCAGGCAAACCCCAAGAAGGAAAUGAAAGAGAAAAAGAUAAAAUGUUUACGGGAGGGAAAGAGCUGUCCGGGACAAAGGAGACCGUUGAGAAAGAGGUUUAUGGCCUAAUUAAGGUCAAGGAGUCAGUGCAGCCAGAGCCAGAGAUUUUGGCUCACAGUGAUAAAGAAAAGCAAACUUCAGAUGUUGUGGCGAAACCAGAAGAAAAUCCAGCAAAAGGGACAGUGGAUCCUGUGAAGUCACCACUAGAUCAAUUUUGUUCAAGGCUUGCAUGCAGUACAAAAUGUGAACCAGAUGCACCGUUAAUCACCAUUGCAGCAACAAAAGACAUCCCAGAGAAGUGCUUGGAAAGCCUGAUCAAAUCAGAGGGCAUACGCUCUCCAGCAACAACUCAAAAAGCUACACCUGGAUUGGAAACAUUCUGCAAAAAAGGAACCCACAAUUCUUAAAGAAGAACGUUCCAGUGAAAUAAAACUAAACCAAAUCAGCAGUGAUGCAAUGGAAGACCCAGGAGAGAAAUCACCGGUCACAGUCAUAGGUGGGGACAUAAAACCAUAGAGGAUGCAUUGCCAGGAAGGAAGACACUGGCUUGAAUAUAUCCUCCAAAUCACGGUGGAGUUAUCCUCCACAGGAAGAAGGUACGAGAGAAAAAGACAGCAGGAGGAUGGAGGACCCCAUUCAAAAAAUAUUUGAUAUGAAAUUUGUCAAACCUAAGAAAAGACACAAAAACAACAGUGUGUCAAUUAGAAGAUAUGUCUCCAAAGAUGGCUGAACCAGCACUUAAGACAGAAAAGGCCAAAGAGGUCAUUGGGAUGCCGGAAACAUCCGGCUGACUAAGGUCAUAGGAUAUUCCACUGGGAAAUCUGAUGACGGCUAAAACAACCAUGGAAGCACAAUAUCCCUCAGAGAGUUCUCCAGUGCCACAGGAAGGGAUAAUAACAGGAAGCGUUUCCCUGGGAUUUGUAAGAGAAGAGAUAUCCUGGUAAUUUAGUCUGAGUAUUUUACACACAGAUGAUAGUUGAUUUUAUAAAAGGAUAUUCAUGACGAAACCACUUCUCAUAAACACAGAAAAAAUCAUUAUGUACAAAUGUACUGUCAAUCUCAAUUUAACAUGUACAUUCAUUUCUGCUGUGCAUGAGCCUACAAAUAAAGCAAUAACUUGUCUUCAGAAAAUAAAUAUAAUUUGAAUGCUG